GGCGGAAUGCCAUGUUUUGGGUGAACGAGUCCAUCCCGCAUCAAAGUACAUCAUUGUUUCUUUUGCACAUGCCAUCACUUGAGCCGUUUGGUGUUCACAGGCGGACGUUGAAGAAGUGGGGCUGCCAAUACUCAUCUCCAGACUUUCACAUGCCAAACCCCAGCACCUCACCCUGCCAAACCGGUGGAUCACAGGCCACGAUCGCCACUAACACCUGUCGGACGGGUCCUCCCAGACGUUGAGGUCGAGCCGAGGAGGAGCUGCCUGUUGUUAGCGUCGGGGUGUGGCCUUAAAUUGGAAAAUGGUGGAGAUGGUACGAGAAUUUAGAGAGCAUUGGAUGAUGACCGUGUCGAAGAGUCGGAUCUCGGCGGCAUGUGCGCAGCUUCUAGGCGCUCCGUUGGUUUUGAGUCAGGAGGAAGGCUUGCAGCUCCCGGUGAAUGGGCUUCGGUGGUGGAUCCUGGGGACGAAACGAACGAUUCGUGUUAGAUCUCACAUGGCAUAUCCCAGUACUACGGACAACUGCGUUCCAACUCCAGACUACACGUUCGAGAAGUUCCGUCUCUACUGAUGUACACAGCUCCAAACAGUCCA